AUGUACACUCAGACUUUUAUCUCGACUAUCGUGGCGGCUGCGGUUGCCCGUGCUGCCCCUACAUCCACCGGCCAUGAUCUCCCCUCUCGCACCGUCCCUCUCACUGGUGUCACGCACUCAGUCGUCGCCGGUCUCGGCGGCCAGCUGAUCUUCGACCCGGACAACGUCGUGGCCGAGGUUGGCGAUAUUGUCGAAUGGCACUUCCUCCCCAAGAACCACAGCGUUGCCCAGUCCUCCUUCGCCAAGCCGUGCGUCCCUGACGCCGACCUUUACGAGCCAUUCUUCAGCGGCUUCCAGCCAACAGCUUCUGGACAGGCUCCUGAUGUCUUCCAGAUUGUGGUGGAAGACACAGACCCGAUCUGGUACUACUGCGCCCAGACCACAGGAGACCACUGCCAGAACGGCAUGGCCGGUGUGAUCAACCAGAACUUCAACUCUGCCAACACCUUGGCUGCCUAUAAGGCUAAUGCGGCCACGACGGGCGUCAGCGUGAUUCCUCCUGUUGUCCAGGGUGGCCUCGUAGAGCCUAACCCCAACCCCAACGGGGGAUUCUAAUAAAUCACUCUUUGGGGAAAGUCGAGCAGAACACUAAGGGGAAAAGAAGAUCAGAAAGAGGCGAUGAGUUGCAACGGUGAAUUCAGAAGUCAUUAUUGUUGUCGUUUACAGGUUCAAAACCAUAUCUACAGUCCUUUCUUGUUGUA